AUGGAACUGAACGUAUCUCCGAAUAAUGCGAUAGAUAACGAUAUGGAAUAUUCCGACAACUCUUCAGAUGGCAAGUACACAUCAAGUGCACCUGCAAGUAUCAACACUGAACAGUUUUCAGUUAUACGCAUUCCCGAAGAUAGUGAAAAAACCAGCAAACACUCGUCUAGAAAACAAUCAAAAAGACGAAAAAAGAGCUCUAACCACUCAAGACCUCUACCUAGAAUAAUAGUGAAGCCAUUGCCACCACCUCCUCCGCCAGAGAAUCGAGAAUGGAUGGCAGCUUCGUCUUAUUCAGAGCCAAGUUCUAAUACAAAUAAAUUAUGUACUAUGCGUGAGGUGUUAGCUAGCAUACCAGGUUUUUGUAUGAAACCACGAAAACGAAGUGGCAAAAAGUUAUCAACGGCAGCUCAAUUACAACAAACUAGGGAAGGUUGUAUAGAUUUAGAGACACCAGAUUCUAUAUUAGUUAACACAAAUAUCAGAGCACUUCUGAAUAAACACACAUUUUCACUUUUGCCACCUCUUUACCAAUAUAAAUUAGGACAGCUCUUACCCACUGUGGACAGACCUAGCUCGUCUGGUCGCUUGAGUUCGUCUAGUCUUAACAAUGAAUUUUUUGCCCGAGCCUGUAUAGAAUGGCAGGAUUGCCUUUCUGGUGGAGAAUUUACUCCAGAGAACCAACAAAAAAUGAAGACUGAAGCUGAAAAAGAAAAAAGUAAAAUCGAUCCCUGGAAACUGAAACAUUUCGAACCAUUUUGGGGUGAAAAAUUUAGAAGAGAAAAAUCGUCUAUUAAUUUAAAUUCAGAAAGACCUUCUCUGAAAACAACAAUCAAAUUGAGACCUACAGCCUCAAUCACUAGCAGCAGCACUGUUCCCAAAAUUAAAAAGAGCAAAUCUUCAAGUACUAAAAGAAUGCGAUCUGUUGGAGCUGUGACUAGGUCAUCUGCUAAAGUGGAUGAAGUAAUAGAUGAACUUAUUGUGGGUAGCACUAAAGCAACAGCGCCUAUUCCAGACCUACUUCCUCUCAAACAUACAAAGAAGCAAAGUGAAGAUUACAUAGAAUGUCCAGUAGAACACUUCAGUUUUUCAGACUCACCCUCUAUUCAAAGGUUAGACGAUUCAGUGUCAACCACACCAGUAGACCCUCUCUUGCUGCCUGAUGCUGAGUCUGAACGAAAUGAAAUAAAACAAGAACUUGACAUUACAGUUGUUACUAUAGAAGAGUCUAGCACUUCCAAAGAUUGUGAAGAAUAUAAAAUUGACUCAGACAGUAUAGUGCAUACUGAUCCUACAAAGAGGUUAAGUGAUGAAGAGUACUAUCCAUCUAAAAGGUUAAAGUUUGAGGAUUUUGAUUUAGACAAUGAAGCCUUUCUGACACAAAACACAGAGGGGUCUGCUAGUAAUAAUGGUUCUGAUAUUGAAACCAAUUAUAUUAAUGAGCCAAUGUGCUCAAAUGAUGAGCUGCAAAUGUAUUCUGAACAGGAACAUGUAGACACCAAUAGUGAAGACAGCAAAGCUACUGCUUCAGUAUAUGAAUUUGAUGAGAGAAGUGAAUCAUCAAUGUCUAGCUCUAAAAUUGAAAAUAAUAUGACUAGUAUUACCUUGAAUGAGUCUAAUUUAAAUGUUGACUAUAUACCUUGUGAUGAUAACAAUAUUGCUGAAACAAGAGGAAGUCCUGAAAUCCACAAAGAAGAGAUAAAACAGUCACCUGUAAGAGAAAAUCAAAGUGAAAAUAUAUCGGAAUCGUUUGCAGAUAAUGUGAAAAUUGACACCAGUACUAACAUAGAAACCCAUCUAGAAGAAUCUUCACACAACCCUAAAACAUUACCAUAUCAAAGUAUGGAAGUCAUCAACCAAAUGGAGUGUCAGAUACCACAAACUGUUCAAGAAAUAUGUUCUAAAAAUGUAGAAGAUAUAAAAUGUGAAGGAAAAGAUGAAUCCAGCGAGAAUGUUCACAAUUAUUAUGAUGAACAUUUUAAAGAUGCAGAAUCAUUUAUUAUGGAAAGCAGUGGGCUUGCAAUAUUAAGUUCUCAAAAUGAUGAUGUUUCUAAGUACACUCCACAUCCAAAUUUGAUGGAACUCUCUUCUUACAUGAGUGAAACCAACGUGACAGCUGUUGUUACAAUGCCGAUGACUCAGAACUCCUCAAUACCCAUGAUGGAGGUAACUAACACAUCAGUGGUGUCCUAUCCUGACGACAGUAUGCAAGAUCCAGCAAAACCUAAGAAUUCUGCAAUGUUGUGGAAGAAUGAAAAUGACUGGACAAAUGGAGAAAAUGUUAUAACGCUUCAUACAUUUCCAAACGUUUCUUCAGAGAGUGCAAAGUACAUAAGCGAAGAUUCGAAAACAAGUUUAGAAGAUUCAAAUAUAAACGAGGAACACUGCAUGUACAAAGAAGAGAGAGAUGCUAACUUUAAUAUGGAAUCUUCAAACUCUUCAGAGAGUUCGCAAUCAUUAAAAGAUAUACCUAUGAAACAAGAGGAACUGCCAACUAACCUGGUGUCAAGUACAGCUGUUACAAAUCUCGUAAAUCCCAUAAAUGUCACUCAUAGUGUUAGAACUACUGGCAAAAAACCAAAAUCAGGAAAAGAGUCAAAUAGGAGUCGUAAUACGAACAAAGUUCCACCAGGAGCUGUGAAUUUAGAAAGAAGCUACCAGAUUUGCCAGGCUGUUAUUCAGAAUAGCCCUAAUCGUGACGCUUUACGCGGACAGCUGCGGCCCCCUCCCGCGCUGCUAUCUCGACCUACACGACCGGCGCGCCCGCCACCACCUGUGCUGGUUCGUCCUGUCUCUGUACCUCAUAAUGAGAUCAAUGAAAAUCGUCCCAACAAUGCAGGACAAUACAUUCUGGUACAGAGGACACCCAACGUCGCGCCUCGAGCGUCUAGUGCUCCUCCAACGAAUCAGAACACUAAUGUUGGUGUAGCAAGAUGUCGAAGCGUUGGUGCUGAAGACUCGUGUGUAUGCAAUUUGCGCGCAAUGGUACUAUGUAAAAAGUGUGGUGCAUUUUGCCACGAUGACUGCAUCGGCUCGGCGGAGCUCUGCUUGACUUGCCUUAUACGCUGACAGUGCCGCGCACCACAAACCACUCAAGUUUUUUAACCCAGUGGACGUUUAUACUUUGUGAUUCAAAGUGGAGCCAAGAACCUUGAGUCAAUGAGCCGCAUUACACAUUUAGACUGAACAGCCAUUCGUGAUAGUUUUUGCUAAUAUCAUCCUUGAUUUCUACUGCACUUUGAAUAUUCCCAUUGCAUGUUUUGUCAUCGGAAAGAAGUCCCAUAAUGCAAGAAUCCUUUGAUUGUUAAGGGGGCUGUCUGGACCACAGAAAUAUAAACAGAUAGGCACAUUUAUUUAGAUUUCUGUGGUCUGGUCUCACUUUUAAUGCGUAAAGAGUGUUGCAUCCCAUUUGCUUUAAAUACAUUUGACAAGAAUAUUGUGGAAAUGGACAUUUUUUAAACGUUAGGUGUGGUGGUGCUAUCUGAGUGCAUCAGACAUGAAUAAUUUACUAUGCUCAUCGUUUCUCGGACAGUUUUCUCAUAAAAAAAUAUGUGUAAAUUCAUUUGUCUUUGAGACAAAUCUUAAUUAAUAUAGUGAUGUACAUAGUUGUAUUUAUAGUUACGUAAACAUGACAAAUAUUCCACAAUUACGAUUCUACCUUGACAAGCCUGAUAUAUUUUAGAAAAAUAAUACACAAUUUUAUUACGAAUAUU